AUGACGUCCAAUAUGUAUGAUCCGGACGAUGUGUGUAAAAGAUCGCCGCCGCUGGAAGCGAUAAAGCCCAACUAUGGCGAGGACAAACCGUCAACACCGCCAUUCGUCCCUGCCCAUGAAAAAAAGGAUGCCGCGGGUCAGUCCCGUAAGCACCAGCCGGAGCCGCACUCAACCCACGAGGGCGACCGAGUGCUGAUGGGAUAUCUAGCACCGAACGCACCCCAUCUGGCAUUGGCAGCAAGGGAUCACCCACUGGAACAAAAACGACCUCAACCGCCAGAUUUCAUUCCUCCGAAACCAGUCCCUCCGGUGGGGAUCGCGCCUCGAUUAAAGGAGCUGGACCAGGGUCCUCCUGCAGCCAUUGAGGUCAGAAGCCCGGAAGGAGCCCUUCAGUUUCCACAGGCCCCGCGGCCUGAUGGCCUCAAGGAUUUGAGCGCCGCAAGAGAUCGAUUAAAUUCCAUCGGUGACCUGAGCCGACGACCUUCAUCGGAUUUCUCCAAAUCCCCGCCAGAUCUGAAACACCGACUCUCCGUUUCUACGUUAAAACCGAUCGAUGCAUCAUGCCUGGCGAAAUCGCCAGACAGCACCCAGACCCUCCCUUCUAUUCAAAAAGCCCUCAAAGAGUUGCCCGACUUUGGCCCGGCUGUCAACUCAAUUCCAUCCCCUUACCCAUACUCAUCGCUACCCGGAUCAGCAGUAUCAGGAACUGAUUCUCCAUAUCCCUUCCCGGGGAAAUUCUCAAUGGCGGCGAGUCCGUAUCCCUCACACAUAUCGCCAAUCAGCAUGAAGGACAGCUCCACCAACCCUUCUCCGGCCUCACAGGCCUCCUUUUGGCGUGCGCCAGAGAUGAUGUCCGCCCAGACUCCGUAUGAGGCGUCACGCAUCACCGCCACCAGUCCAGCAACCAGCUAUCCCACCCCCACAGAACAAGUCGGCGUUGGCAUGGGCGACCGGGUGUCGCUUGCCACACCUAACGGCGGGACCGUAGGUAGCUAUAAGUGCACCCAUCCUGGGUGUACAGCUGCGCCCUUCCAAACCCAGUAUCUUCUCAAUUCCCACGCAAAUGUGCAUUCGCAAGACCGCCCACACUUCUGCCCGGUAGAAGGGUGUCCGCGCUCUCUCGGCGGCAAGGGCUUCAAGCGCAAGAAUGAAAUGAUGCGGCAUGGCCUGGUCCAUAAUUCCCCCGGCUAUGUCUGCCCCUUCUGCCCCGAUCAGCAACACAAAUAUCCUCGUCCAGAUAAUCUCCAACGACACGUCCGCGUCCACCACGUCGACAAAAACAAAGACGAUCCUAUCCUUCGCCAAGUCCUCGCUCAACGUCCCAUGGGCAGUGCUCGGGGCCGAAAGCGAAGAAUGAAUUAA